GGUGACUGCGCGCAAGGCUGCUUGAAUUCUCCAGGUGCCGGCUAACAGACAAACAGCAGCUGAGCGCAUGCAUCCACGCGUUUAUUGCUAUACAGAUUCUUGUAGUAAUCUCUGUUAGUACCGGCUUAUCUUGCGCUCAGUGGAUUCGUUGAAGUGAGAAGGAACACUUUUAAUCUUAUUAUGUAAAUGCAAUCAUGGCUUUAGCGCAUCAGUGGUUCAUACAGUGGUCGUCGCCUGCCGGUUUGCUCGCGGAUAUUAGCACUCGGUACGAGGACAUAAACAAUUGGAAAAGCGCGAAACCCAAUGUAGCUUGGGAAGUUACGCUCCAAAACAGUGGUGUUAAUUAUGACAGAAAUUAUGUGCGCGAUGACCUGGCGUAUGAAAAACAAAUCGAUGGCGGAUUUGAAAAGGCGAGAUCUUUCAAAUCUAGCGAAGCGUCCAGACUGAUGCUAUGGCUGACGAUGCUCGGUACGGCGCGGGCGCAGGCGGUCCCAGCCGACAUAGAAACACCGCCGUUCAGCACGCUGUAUAAAUGGAAACAUAUCGAUUUCGAAUUUCCUUCUCCUCAGCAACGGAGCCAAGCUAUCGCUAAUGAGCAAUACAUACCUGAGAAUGUCCUACCUCUGGGUCUGGAAGUAUGGGGCUCCCGAAUAUGGGUGACGUUGCCCAGUUGGAGACGCGGUGUGCCCGCCACUCUAGCUACAAUACCACGGGACGGUGGUCUGACGUCACCACCGUUACGACCCUAUCCCGACUGGUCUUACCACAGGGCAUAUAGUAAAGAUGACAACUGCUCAAGUCUCACUUCAGUAUUUCGUGUGAAUGCUGAUUCCUGUGGAAGACUGUGGGUCCUCGACUCCGGCCAGAUUGAUGCACAAGACCAACCGAUACAAAAAUGUCCUCCCAGCAUUUUUGUAUUCGAUUUAAAUACAGAUACGGUUAUAAACCGAUUUAUAAUUCCUCGGCAAUACGUUUUGCAAGAUUCUUUAUAUUCAAAUAUCAUAGUUGAUACUCGGACCGCCGACUGCUCAGAUCUACAUCUUUAUAUAGCUGACACUUGGCGUUUCGGACUUUUAGUUUUUCGAGAAAAAGAUGCUCAAUUUUGGCGUUUUUCUCAUCACUUAUUUUAUCCUGAUCCGUUAGCAUCUAAUUAUACUGUUCACGGUGUUAAUUUUCAAUGGCCGGACGGAAUUUUUGGUUUGUCAUUGAGUCCGAUCACACCUUACCAAGAACGAGUACUAUUCUUUCAUUCGUUAUCCAGUUACAGAGAAUUUUAUGUAUUGACAAAAAUAAUAAGAGAUCCCACGAGACUAAACAAUAGUACCUCAGAAUUCAAUAUCGUUGGCGACAGUAGAGGUUUCAAAGGCCAAUCAUCAGCAUCAGCUGUUGAUAGAAACGGUGUCAUGUAUUAUGGGUUAGUUUCACAAGAUAGCAUCGGUUGUUGGGAUACCACUAAACCGCAUAGAAAGAAUACUAUCGGAGUGGUAGCGAGACACUCGGAGACACUUGUGUUUCCUAAUGACAUAAAAGUGGAUCAAGAUGAACAGCAAAGCGUGUGGGUGAUAUCUAACAAAUUGCCGCUGUUUCAAGCUAGGCGUUUGAAUCCAAACGACUAUAAUUACCGAAUAUUGUUUGCGGAUACGAAAGAAGCAGUUAGGGGAACUAUUUGCGAUCCUGAAAUGCGUAUACUAUUUUAAAGUUCCUUGCCAUAAAGUAAAGUUAAUUAGACACUAGGCUACAUUUUGAACCAAUUUUAUUUAUUGUUUACCUUACAUGCCAUGCUAAUGGAAUUGUC